GAUGAAUUGAAUAACUGCGCUUGUCCUCAAACUUCAAGGUCUCCAUCGAAGUCUGAAGACGACAACCGACCUUCUCAUAAGAAUAUUAUUGUCAAACAGACCCGAGCGGAGCACUAUAAAUUGCCAUGUUAUUCUACCUUUCCCUUCUUGCAGCCCUGGCAUCACUGGUGAUGGUUGGCUACCGCUACCGCGCAACUCUCCCUACAAGAGUUAAGGCUUUCUUCCCAAGCCUUAACCACUACACGCCCCUUGCCUCAUUUUCGGAUCAGGCACGUGCGGGGUUGAGCUCUCCGAUGUUUGACAUUGAGUCAGCCAACAUCGCUGAGGGAGAUUCGCGAGCGGGGCUGGACGAACAGGGAACGCAAGAGGUGCUGGACAUCAUGCGUGCCCAACGGGUCAACUUCGACCAAGCAAGAUUGAUUCGUCAUAACCAAAUUCUUGCUCGUAAUGGGAUCGAUCCGUCGGGUAAGCGUUAUUAUUAUCUUGUAGUUCUUGCGAAUUCAUCAUGGUGUCCCACAGGCAUGCCACUUGAUUCAAAGGCUGUUACGAGGCUGUGAUC